AUGGGUAUGGUAGAAAAUGCAGUGUAUAUUGUAUCUGGAUUUCAUUGUUUUGUGGGACUAUUAAGUGUAUGUAUUGGAGUGAUAUCAUCUAUAAAAGCUGAAGUUUGGUUAGCUCACAGUGUUUCUCCUAUCUGGAGUGGUGGAUUUUUUAUCAUCACUGGAGUGCUGGGAUUCUGCUGUGCUAAAAAGAAAUCUAAUUAUGUGAUUAUGUGUUUCACUGCGUUUUCCGUGGUGUCUCUGGUAACAGCUGUCGUCAGUAUCCAACUGCUUCGUUUAGGUCUGGUGAACCACACUACAGAUGGACAUACCUUCCAGAAGGAGAACAAAGACGUGUUGAUUUAUAUCGCUCUUGGAUCUGCUGGACUCGAAUGCCUCAUCUGCUUAUUCUCGUCGGUAGUCAGUUGUCAGAUUGCUAAAAUCGCCAAAGCGGAGAAUUCAAAACAAAAAGGCGGUAUGUUUCACGUGAAAGUAUUGGGUCAGAAGGAUAUAGUCGUGGUUACCAAGCCCCACACUGAUAGAGAGGAAGUUACUGCAGUAUGA